GACAGAUUUGAUUGGCCUAAAUUUCCUUGACCAAUGAGAAUCGGCGUCACAAACAAGUUCGGCUAGACUCCACAUUUUUCAAAAUAUUCACAAAUUGUUCAGAUUUAGUACAAAAUAAUGCCUCCUAAAGGUAAAGGGGACAAAGGAGGUGGAGCCAAGGGAGGUGCUAAAGGAAAGGGAGGCAAGGGAGCCAAAGGAGGUGGCGGAGGAGAUGAUGAUGGAGGAAAGAAGGACAUAAAAGGAGGAUCUUCAAUCAAAGUACGUCACAUCCUAUGUGAGAAGCAGGGCAAGGCAAUGGAAGCUAUAGAGAAAUUAAAGGCAGGUCUAAAAUUUAAUGAAGUCGCUACACAGUACAGUGAGGAUAAAGCUAAAGAUGGGGGCAACCUCGGGUGGAUGGUUAGAGGAAGUAUGGUUGGACCUUUCCAGGAUGCAGCUUUUGCUCUUCCUACCAGUACCACAGCUAAACCUGUAUACACCGACCCUCCAGUAAAGACUAAACAUGGAUACCAUGUUAUUAUGAUUGAGGGCAAGAAAGCAUAGUUUUAUCUCAUUGUGAUUUGGAUUCAUGGACAUUGUACUCACAACUCACAAUCUUCGGAGUAUUCUUCUGAACAGCUCAACUUCUGCAUCUACACUUUAUAUCAGAGAUAAACAUGCUGAACCCAUACACUGAUCCCCUGUUAAGACUCACAAUGGAUACCACAUGAAGGGGAUUACAUGUAGCAAACACAAAAUCUCAAGACUAUACAUGUUGGCUUGCAUAGACAUUAUCCUUUGAACUCAAUGGAAGAGAACUGAGAACAGAUUAACUUAUUUUUGAUUGGAUUCUUGAUGUAACUUGAUUUGUGUCGAAACGGACAUGGGUGUAUGGAAUCAAUUUUAGUUAGUGGUAAUACAUACAUUGUAAAUGUUAUUCUUAAAUUGUUUGGUUGUUAUUUAUUUGCAGAAAACUUAUGAAGUUCCGAUUAUAGACAACUACAAAGAAAUGCUCAAACAUC